CUAGUGAGUAACUUCCACGUCUUUUACCUCGUCGAAACCUCCAGGCAUCGCUACUAUUUAGACCGCACAGUCCGACGUUCGUCCAUAUUGCAUCCCCUUAACAUCCUACUCGCACUGUGUGCUCUUGUCUGUUAUCUAUAGUUUUUGCUUCCUUUGCUUCUCUUGACGAUCAUCCACAUCGCUUGUAAGCAAACUUGAAGUGAUGUCUACAACUCCUCCUCCCAAGAAGACUCUGCGCUCUCGUAUGGGAACGGCAAUGCGUCGCUCCUCUACGAGCUGGGGUCUCCCAGGUUUGCCAAAUCGCUCAGGCUCAACAACUCCCCCUCUCCCAGAGCCUGAUUCCGCCUCCAUAGCAGGGUCAACCUCUCCAAAGUUCGAGCGUGAAGGCUCUACUGCAUCCCUUACGCAGGUCGAUACUACGCCUCCUCCCAGUCAAAUGGCUCCUAGUACCAUCCCUGAGUCGCCUGCUCGUGAAGCAGCUGCCCUUGCUAGUGAGGCAGCCUCUCCGAGUCAGGGUCCAUCUCCACUCUCAGGGGGCGUUGUUAACGCCGAACCUGGUUCAGAACCUUCACGCAAAGCCACCGAAACGUCCAAGCCCGAACCCCCCUCCGAAAUUCCAUCCGUCGUGGUUAAUUCGCCAGAACCCGCGACGAAGGAUGCUCUUUCUCCCGUGUUCACAGACGAACCAGAAGAGAUCGGCCCACCCGAAGAGCGUGCUCAAGUAUCUGCUCCUCCAGCCUCAGCGCAGGCUCCUAGCGCCGCUCCAAAGCCUACUCCGGCCCCUUCUACAACACCUCCACCUGCCCCAGCCCGUGAAUCCACACCUCCAGUUUCAGCUGCUUCACCUCCUCCAGCAGCUGCUCCACCCCGUGAAUCCACUCCUCCAGUUUCAGCCGCCACACCACCUCCAGCAGCUGUCCCAGCCCAUAAACCCACUCCUCCAGUUUCAGCCGCUACACCACCUCCAGCAGCUGUCCCACCCCGUGAAGCUACCCCUCCAGUUUCAACCGCUACACCUCCUCCAACAGCUGCUACACCUCCACCAGCAGGCAAGGUGGCAGAUGGCCCUUCAACAGCACCUCGGAUACCUGCUUCUUUACCAGCACCUGUGCCCACUGCAACAUCUGCAGCACCUCGUACACAAGCUUCAACACCUCCAGUACCGCCCUCUGUACCACGAUCUCCCCCUGCACAGACACCUGGCCCUACCACAACAACUGCAGGUUACUUUGACCUUGCAGCUCCCCACACAUCGUCUCCCCUGGAUGAGCAUGUAGAUGAGGGAGCAAACGUCUGGGCAGAUCAUGUUUCCCCUUCUGUUUCACCUCACCCUGCCCCUGCCCUGCCCCUGCCCCUGCUCCUGCUCCUGCUCCUGCUCCUACCCCUACCCCUGCCCCAGUACUCGAAGUCGACCCACUUGCCAAUCGCCCAGCAGCAUCCAAAGUAGUGAAAACCACUUCUCGUCCUCGGGGUUCAUCCGUCUCCUCUGCGCAGGUGAUGGCUCAGCGACAACCAAGCCGGAAGCCAAGCUCGACCUUCCAGCCCCGCGAGCGGGAGAUUAUUGGGACCACGUACACUUGGAGUAGUCCGAACAGUGAAUUCAACCAAAGCAAAGGGAGCCUGGCAAUGC